AGCAGCCUUUUGUUGUCGACUCUGGCAGGCUGAGGGAGCUGCGCGUGCAUUUGGAGGAACUGCCCGGUUGGCUGAGGCGCGCGCGCGCCCUUUCCCGCUUUGCUCCUAUUGCAAAGGGGGGGGGGGAGAGCGGGUUUCCCAGCAGGUGCAGCGGAUUUGCAUUUUCACCUAUGGGAAAAGCAAUAGCCUGGUAGUACCUGCCUCCUCUUCCUUCUCGCAGCACGAGACACGUCGCUGCUAUUGCCGCCGUCUUGUCUGCUUCUCAUCGUCGCUGCUGCUGCUGCUACUACCGCUGCUACUACCUUGCUGUCAGCAGUGUCCUCCUAAUUCCUAGGGAGGAUGGUGGAUCUGGAGAGUGAGGUCCCCCCGCUUCCCCCUAGGUACAGGUUCCGGGAUUUGUUGCUGGGUGAUCAGGGAUGGCAGAACGAUGACAGAGUACAAGUUGAAUUCUACAUGAAUGAAAAUACAUUUAAAGAGAGGCUAAAGCUAUUUUUCAUCAAAAACCAAAGAUCAAGCCUCCGGAUACGCUUGUUCAAUUUUUCACUCAAACUGCUUAGUUGUUUGUUGUAUAUCAUCCGAGUGCUCCUGGAUGAUCCAUCUCAACAACAUGGAUGCAAGGAAUUAAUUUGGGGAUGUUCCAGUCAAAACAACAGUUCCACAAAGAUAAAUUGGUCGCCUAUUAUUUGGGUGAACAGAAGCUUACCUUUAUGGGGAUUACAGGUGUCAGUGGCUUUGAUAAGUCUGCUAGAAACUACACUCCUGAGCUAUCUGAGCUAUAAAGGAAACAUAUGGGAACAAGUUGUGAGAAUUCCUUUCCUGUUGGAAAUUAUUAAUGCUAUUCCUUUCAUCAUUACAAUUUUCUGGCCUGCAUUAAGAAACUUAUUUAUCCCAGUAUUUUUAAAUUGUUGGCUUGCCAAACAUGCUUUGGAGAAUAUGAUUAAUGAUCUUCAUAGAGCCAUCCAGCGCACACAGUCUGCAAUGUUUAACCAAGUUCUGAUUUUAAUAUCUACGUUGCUGUGUCUUAUCUUUACUUGUAUUUGUGGAAUUCAGCAUCUGGAGCGAGCAGGGAACAAGCUGACUCUCUUUGACUCCCUUUAUUUCUGCAUAGUGACAUUUUCCACUGUGGGCUUUGGGGAUGUUACUCCCAAGAUCUGGCCUUCAAAACUUCUGGUUGUCAUUAUGAUCUGUGUUGCCCUUGUGGUGUUACCAAUACAGUUUGAACAACUGGCUUAUUUGUGGAUGGAAAGACAAAAGUCAGGUGGAAAUUAUAGUCGACACAGAGCUCAGACUGAAAAACACGUGGUGUUAUGUGUCAGUUCUCUGAAGAUUGAUCUGCUUAUGGAUUUCCUAAAUGAGUUCUAUGCUCAUCCUAGGCUCCAGGACUACUAUGUGGUCAUAUUAUGCCCCACUGAGAUGGAUGCUCAGGUUCGAAGAGUGCUCCAGAUUCCAAUGUGGUCCCAAAGAGUUAUCUAUCUGCAAGGUUCAGCGCUGAAGGAUCAGGAUCUGCUAAGAGCUAAGAUGGAUGAUGCUGAGGCCUGUUUCAUUUUAAGUAGCCGCUGUGAAGUGGACAGAACUGCAGCAGAUCAUCAAACCAUUCUAAGAGCUUGGGCUGUUAAAGAUUUUGCACCAAACUGUCCUCUGUAUGUUCAAAUAUUGAAGCCUGAAAAUAAGUUCCACAUCAAAUUUGCAGAUCAUGUUGUAUGUGAAGAGGAAUUCAAAUAUGCAAUGUUAGCUUUAAACUGUAUUUGCCCAGCUACAUCUACACUCAUCACCUUGUUAGUUCACACCUCAAGAGGGCAGGAGGGCCAGCAAUCACCAGAACAGUGGCAGAAAAUGUACGGCAGAUGCUCUGGUAAUGAAGUGUAUCACAUUAUCCUGGAGGAGAGUGUGUUUUUUGCUGAAUAUGAGGGAAAGAGUUUCACAUAUGCAUCUUUCCAUGCACACAAAAGGUUUGGCGUCUGUCUAAUCGGUGUUAGGAGGGAAGACAACAAAAAUAUUUUGCUGAACCCAGGUCCUCGUUAUAUCAUGAGCUCUUCAGACAUAUGUUUUUAUAUCAACAUCACAAAAGAAGAAAAUUCAGCUUUUAAGAAGCAAGAGCAACUUCGGAGAAAUCACACAUCCAGGUCAUUUUAUCAUGGCCCUUCUCGCUUGCCAGUGCACAGCAUAAUUGCCAGUAUGGGUACUGUGGCUAUAGAUUUGCAAGACACAGGCUGUAGAUCUUCUAGUGUGGCUACCCUAACUCUUCCUUCAGAGUCAGGCAAAGCAGGCAGAAGGCCGAGCAUAGCACCAGUUUUGGAGGUUGCUGACUCUUCAGCACUUCAUACCUGCGACCUAUUAAGUGACCAGUCAGAAGAUGAAGCAACUCCCUCAGAUGAAGAAGUUUCAAAUGGCCUAGAGUAUAUGAAAGGCUAUCCCCCUUACUCCCCAUAUAUAGGAAGUUCUCCCACCUUCUGCCAUUUGCUUCAUGAAAAAGUGCCAUUUUGCUGUCUAAGGUUAGAUAAGGGAUGCCAACAUAAUUACUAUGAAGAUGCCAAAGCCUAUGGAUUCAAAAACAAAAUAAUUAUAGUUGCUGCAGAGACUGCUGGAAAUGGCCUCUACAACUUUAUUGUUCCUCUCAGGGCUUAUUACAGACCAAAGAAAGAACUCAAUCCAAUAGUGCUACUACUGGACAAUCCCCUAGAUGAUUUGCUAAAGUGUGGUGUGACCUUUGCUGCCAAUGUGGUUGUGGUGGACAAGGAAAGCACUAUGAGUGCGGAAGAGGACUAUAUGGCAGAUGCUAAGACUAUUGUAAAUGUACAAACCCUCUUUAGGUUGUUCUCUAGUCUAAGCAUAAUCACUGAAUUAACUCACCCAGCCAACAUGAGAUUCAUGCAAUUCAGGGCCAAAGACUGCUAUUCUCUUGCUCUCUCAAAACUGGAGAAGAAAGAACGAGAGAAGGGCUCCAAUCUGGCAUUCAUGUUUCGAUUGCCCUUUGCUGCCGGUAGAGUUUUCAGUAUCAGCAUGCUGGACACUCUGCUGUAUCAGUCAUUUGUUAAGGAUUACAUGAUAUCUAUUACUCGACUUCUGCUGGGACUAGAUACUACACCGGGAUCUGGGUUUCUUUGUUCUAUGAAAAUCACAGAAGAUGAUUUGUGGAUCAGAACAUAUGCCAGACUUUAUCAGAAACUUUGUUCUUCUACAGGGGAUAUUCCUAUUGGAAUCUAUAGAACUGAAUCACACAAACUUGCAACAUCUGAGUCUCGAGAAAUGGCUUCACAAUCUCAAAUUUCCAUCAGUGUGGAAGAAUGGGAGGACACCAAGGAUAAUAAGGAACCAUUUAACUACCGUAGCAACCAUCGUAACUCAACAUCCAGUGAUCAGUCAGAUCAUCCUUUAUUACGACGAAAAAGUAUGCAGUGGGCUCGACGGCUGAGCCGCAAAGCGCCAAAGCACUCGGGGAAAACUGCAGAGAAAAUAAGUCAGCAGAGAAUGAAUCUUUACAGAAGGUCAGAAAGACAGGAACUUGCUGAACUGGUGAAAAACAGAAUGAAACAUUUGGGACUUUCAACAGCAGGAUAUGAUGAAAUGAAUGAUCAUCAAAACACCCUUUCUUACAUUCUGAUCAAUCCUUCUCCAGACACACGACUUGAACUGAAUGAUGUUGUAUACUUGAUCCGCCCAGAUCCAUUGUCAUAUGUUCCAAACAGUGCAUCCAGCCGGAAAAACAGCUUCUGCAAUGCCAUUGGGCAAGACACCAGGGAAGAAACACAGCUUUGAUGCAUCACACAGAUUCAUUGAUGAAAAGACAUUUUUAUACAAAUAGCUGUUUUGAAAUUUAGUGAAAAUAAGAGAAUUGAUGGCCAGGCAUAAUGCUCAACUAAUGUUAAGUGAGCAACCGCUUCACUGAAAUCAUAGGAAUGAUUCUGAAAAGUCAAAUAAGGCUUCUAAACAAUUAAUCUGGUACUGGAAAUAAAAAUAAUGAAAGACAGAGUAAAAUCAAACAAGUAUGCCCAUGGUGUUUCUCAGUGAAAGGAAGAUUUUAAUAUGGAAACUAAAUGGAUUUUUUUUCAAGGACAUGCUAGAAAUUAAGGUAUUCUUUUCCUAUCCUGACUUCAGCCAGCCACUGUGGGGAAAUGAGUAAUUGUUAAGCAUAAUACAUAGCAGUCAUUGUGAUUUCUCUGUCCUAGAACUAUAAACCUCUGGUUGUUGCCAUGGAUGUAGUCGUCCGGGGUCAUGAAGAUGGGGUUGCAGACCCCUUAAUUUUUUGGGAACAGUCCCAGCCAGGUGCCUAUGCAUAAGCCAAUCAGCAUGAAACAAACAUGUCAGCUACUGAAAAGAUUCCUUGUCCUUUUGUGCCAAUUGAAGCCAAUCAGAGUGAAAGGAGAUUAGUCAGCUACUGAGAAGUCUCUUCUCAGUAGCUAACACACAGCCUCCCCUUUCAUGCUGAUUGGCUCCUAGGGACUUCUGUUGUAGGGGAGUGUGGACUCAGAGACAACAUCUUCAAGGGAGAUGAGAGAAAGUGGGGCAUGGCUGUGAGGGGGCAUGUUGUGACUCACAAAGGAACCUUGAACUUCUUAAUUUGCCACUACACUGUUGGUUGUAACAGUUAAGUAGAUAAUGAAGGGAAGGUCCUGGCAAGUCCCAUUCCUAAUAUCUUAAAGCUGGAAUUCAAAGUGAAAGUUCAACAAAUUUGCUGCUUGGUGAAACAACAAAUGUCAACUUUGAACAAUAGUAAUCCGAUGUGUAUUUUCAUUGAAUCCUUUAGUUCAUUGUAUUUCAUAUAUCCCCUAUAGUUUUUUUCAACAAAUUUAAAUCUCUAUUUGAAAACAUUUGUUUAUAUUUGUUUCCUUCCAUAUUGAAAGGCUCAGAGCAAAUGUAGCAUCACAACAGAAGCAUAGUAAAUUGAUUUCUGUAGUAGAGAUUUGUAGUCUAGAGGAGAGUGGAGAGGGAACCAGUUUAGUGUUGUUCCCCAAGUUUGGAAGCCAGCAAUCUGGUAAGCACAGUCCUGUUUGCAGUCGGUGUACCAAAAGGUAGGAAUUAAGAAAAAUUUAUAAUAUCCAGUCAGAAAAUUGAGCCAUUUUGGUAACUGGAUUGCGGUGUUUGGUGUUUGUGAACUGUCCAUCACAAAGGGGGAAACAUAAUACACUUGAGAGUAUCUACUACUAUAGCACUGCUGAAGUACAGGAUAUUGCAUUUUUAAAAAAAAGCAAAAUGUAUGGCUGGCAACGUAGCCUUUGGUAUGUUCAUGUAACAUGUAGCUUAAGGUCCAGAGGUUUGUAAUCUGCCUGCAAAAACUUUUCUGCCAGCCCACUUAACACCAUGCUGCCACUGUAUAGAGCAAUAUUUGCCCAUGGGCCAGUCUUAAGAAAAUAAGUAAAAGGGAGGGGAAAAAACCCAUAGAUUUUCAGUUGUCUGCCCCGGUCUAAACCAAUAGUUAAACUGUAACGAGAACCGUUUUUGCUGGAGUUGUGCUCUGUAGAGUACUUAACCUCAUGAUUCAUCCAACCCUAAUCUUCUCUAAAGGCAGGGCAAAAUUAGGUGCUUAAGUAUGAUGCUGUUCUUGACAGAUUUAGCCACAACCAUGGCCUGAUUAAUGUAUUAUUACUGAAGUGUGGGAGCUGCUUUUGUGUUGUCUGGUCCGAUGUCAUACCAGUGAAUGUCUUGAGAUUCAGACAGUGCCAGACACACCUGUUGAAAGCACAUGUGAGGUUGUGGCAGCUAGAGACAUGCCCUGCCACUGUCCAUGCUGUUGGAGCCUGUCAGGAGCUUUACAAGCAUGUUCAUAGAGCUCCUUUGAACAAGGGAGCAUGCUGGUCCAGUGAGGAUCCCUCCUUGUGUGGAGCUCUGUACACAUACAUUGGUAUGUGUGUAGAACCACUUCUAUAUGGGUGGCAGGGAAUGGGGGGCAGCAAACACAGCCCCAUGACAUCCCUCACAUGUUUGUUCAAUAUUGUGUGUGUGUGUGUUUCAGUCUUUAGUUCUCCACAUUUUCACGUUUGCCUUUUUUAUAAAAAAAAGUCCUCAUGAAAAUUCAGCCACGUUUUAGUGUGAAUUUCUCAAUACACAUGUUUAUAUGCAAUUUUGCCUAUUGUAUAUCUUUUUGCAAAGCAAUUUCCCCUAAUAUAAUGCAUUUUGUAUGUUUUAACUAAUAUAUGCAUUUUAUGCACACUUUACCCUAGUAUGCAUUUUUGUACCCAUUACUUGGCUGAAGAACUGCAUUGCAAAAUUCGGAGUGUAACUUUCAAAAGAUGGGCUGUGCUUCAGUUCUCAUAUUGUGUCAGAGUGAGCAGAUUAAGUAAAUUCACCUUUAAAUGUGAAUUGAAUCAAAUUUCCCCCCAUGCCUAAGUAUAACUAGGGAUGUUCAUAGAAUUUUUACUAAAGUAACAGUAGUGCUUACAUAUUACUACACAAGGAACUGCUGGGACAGGACCAAUGGAGUAGGUUGGAAAUGAUGUCAUCUGCUGUCUGAAGUCCUCAUUAGCAUUAUAUGUAUUGAUUAUUUUUUCUGUAUCAUUUUAAAAAGCUGCUAUAAGUUUGUGUGUGGAAAUCAAAUGAUGCCAAAACUGCUCAACAAAACUAUCCAUGCAUGUGACAGUAGACUACUGCAUAUGUCAGCAUUUUAAAUGGUUGUAAUAUUUGUUGUAAGGAACCAACUAUUGUUGCAGUCAUAUGCACCAACAGUUUCUUUAUUUCUCUUUCUUCCACAUGUCAACUAUGUGAACGAAUAAAAGCCAUUUUCCUAUGCA